CUCCCCGCCCUGUCCCCCGCCCCCAGGUGAAACCACCAGUUUUUUUAAAAAUUUAUUUUAUUUUGACAAUGUUCAGGGAUCUGUCCUACCCGAAUGCAAAGUUGCAAAACUGACCCGGACUCGCGCGUAGCUGCUUGUGACCAGAGAGAGGUCACCUGACCCGGGCACGCUCUGGAGGUUCCACCUCUGCAACUACAGCGAGAUGUUGCUCCGUCCCGAGCGCAGCUCAAAGCCACACGUGGUUUUCGGCGUCUUCUCACCGUCUGUCGCCGCCGCCCACUAGCUCUGUCACCUCCUUCACUCUGCAGCGCUCCGAGCCUCGGUGUCCUCACCCCCCGAGAUCACGGAAAGUCCGAGGAAGAGCCUCUACGUGAGAGCGACGUGGAAACAAUGAGGAACCAUGUGAAGUGAACUUUUGUCUCAUGCCGGUGGGGCUCUGCCAGGAGGAAGCAGGCGGCAGGAACCUUGCCGGGGGCCUGGCUGGCACAGCAUGGAGCACUCAAGCAAGAUGGAGUUUUUCCUGAAGCUAGGCUACAACUGGGAGGACGUGCUCAGGGUGCUGGACAAACUGGGCGAGGGCGCCCUGGUCAAUGACGUGCUGCAGGAGCUGAUCCAGACGGGCAGCCGCCCCAGGGCUCACCACCACAGCAGCCCUGCGCCCCUGCUGGUUCCCCGGGGCUCCUGCGGGACCCCGGAAUCCACCCAGCGUGGGCUGGGGACUGACCCCGAGGAAGACUGCGGAGACCCAGCCAGCUCCUUGAGACCCAUCGUGAUUGAUGGCAGCAACGUGGCAAUGAGCCAUGGAAACAAAGAAGCCUUCUCUUGCCGGGGCAUCCAGCUGGCUGUGGACUGGUUCAGAGAGAGAGGACACACCUACAUCAAAGUUUUUGUCCCGUCCUGGAGGAAAGAACCACCAAGAGCCGAUACUCCUAUUAGAGAGCAGCACGUGCUGGAGGAGCUGGAGAGGCAGGAGGUGCUUGUGUACACGCCGUCCCGCAAGGUGAAUGGCAAGCGCGUGGUCUGCUACGACGACCGCUACAUCGUGAAGGUGGCCUACGAGUGGGAUGGCAUCAUCGUCUCCAACGACAACUACCGUGACCUGCAAAGCGAGAACCCCGAGUGGAAGUGGUUCAUUGAGCAGAGGCUGCUCAUGUUCUCCUUCGUCAACGACCGGUUCAUGCCUCCUGACGACCCCCUGGGCCGCCGGGGACCCACCCUGAGCAACUUCCUGAGCCGGAAGCCGAAGCCCCCAGAGCCGUCCUGGCAGCACUGCCCCUAUGGCAAAAAAUGCACCUACGGCAUCAAGUGCAAGUUCUACCACCCUGAGAGGCCGCACCAGGCGCAGCUGGCAGUGGCUGACGAGCUUCGCGCCCAAACUCGGACCUGGCGGGGCGCGGGCACCAACGAGGAGCAGCCAAGGGGCCCGACGGAGCAACGGGGUGUCCCCGCCGCUGCCUGGCCCGGCCCCCGGGAGCCGGGCACGCGCAGCCUACCCCCGGCCAGGCGGUCUGCCGACGUGGCGGGCCUCGAGGACGGCCUCUCGCGGCUCACCUUCAGCGAUGACCCGGGAAUCCUCGGGUCGCGCUCUCCCGACUGGGUGGCCCCUAGGGCUUCGUUGUCCCUGCCAGCCCCGCCUCGCCUCCGGAAUCCCCAGAGCCAGUCAGGCCCGCUGGGCCAGGCGCAGGCUGGGGACCGCCCUGGGGACCGCCGUGGAGACCCGCGGAGUGACCUGCUAUCCCAGCGAAGGGGGCCUACCGACCCGUGGGCCCUCCCGCACGGGGCCACCCGGUUCCCCGGAUGCUCAGCCUGGGCGCAGCUGGGCUGGGGUGAAGGCGCCCUGUGGGGGCCCUUGGGGUCAGCAACAGGGGCCCCGGCCAGCGAGCCGGACUCACGUGCGCGUGCGCGCACAGCGCUCUGCAGCAUCUUCCCGCCCCACCAAGUGGACAGCGUCAUGGCCCUGCACCCCGCUGUCUCCGACAUCACCAGGCUCAUUGCCAUCAUCCAGAGAUGCCGACAGUCUGGUUCGCCCAUGGGAAACCCCUGAAGAGUGAAUCCAAGCCACCGUCAGUGAUGUCCCAACCUGGCCCGUGGUUGCCCGCUGAACACCUGGGCCGUCCCACCUGUGGUGGGCGGCCUCUUCUUUAAGGAUGGUCAGGGAAGCCAGCUUCUUCUCCGUCACCCAUGCUCACGGUGGCACUUGGUGACUCACUGACGACCUAGGGCUGCUGCUGGAGUCCUGUGACCUGCAGCAGAAACUUGGCUACUUCCGUGGAGGGAGUGACUUCUCCUGCCUCCCAGGAGACUGCCAGUCCUGCCAGGCUCCCAGGGCUGGUCUGGACCUCUCCUCUGGACUGCUCCUCGGCUGUUCUGUCCAGCCGCAGUCGGGAUCCACAGAUGGGUCACGGGAUCAGUGCAGUGGGGCACUCCAGAAAUGGAGUGGAGCUGGAAGUCUUGGAGCAGACUCUACACCACAGAAUCAGGCUAAGUCCAUAUGAAACUCGGUUAGUUACAUGGGUGUGUGCCUGUGUACCCAUGUGAAUAUAGUGUGGGUCAUGGGCAAAAGUUUGAGAAAUCCUGGUAAGCAGUCUUGAAUUUCAUUGCAUCAAAUCAUGCUUGAAACAGGUAGUCAGUUGGCCAGUGGAGGCCUUGGCAUUUGCGGUUUUCACAUGGCCUGCUUCUCUUACAACAUCAUGCGGGCAGCACAGAGUUCCAGCCUCGAUGUGUGGGCAUCACUUCCCCCUCUGAUGGGCCUGCGCUGGUCUGUGGAGGUGUGGCAGGGGCACGCCGUCCUGAGGUCCUGCCCGCACAGCCUUUACCCCCUGCACACGGCAUACACACACAUGGACACAGACGGGCACCCCGUCUGACUCAGGGAUAGGGGUCCAGCACGGGCCCUCUGCUGGUGGAGGCUUCUGAACCGCACCUCACAACCCGAACCCUUUUGCUCAGAAACCUCCAGGCUGGUUAGAGGCGAGCUGGGAUGAGUCUCAGUCAUGGAGGUUUACUGCCACCUCGCACUGUUACUGUCUUUUCCAGCCAGCUACUGCUUUGAGUUUUGGGGAGAAGUGAGUCACCCAUGUGCAGUGGACAUGAAAUUACCGUCGCACAUGAUGUCGCCACAGCAGGGACCCUGUGUCCUCGGGCAUCUCUGAGCGGCGGUCCGCCCAUUCCUUCUGGGUUACGAGCCCAGCUCUGCAGGUCUCGCUGGUUUGUUCAUGAAGGAACUUGGUGGCUGGGCUAUGGCAGAGACUGUGAGGCACCUCCCAACGGAAAACCAGCUCCAACGCCUGCAAGCUUCCUGCAGACUGGCAAGAGCAGGGGAAGCUCUUCUUGGUGUGUUACUGGGCUGCACUAUUGGCGUCGCCCAGGGGGCACCCCAGGAGAAUCCACUCCUGGCCCUCUAAUUCAGGGUUAUUGCUGCCAUUGGAGAUCUGGUGAUAUUGUGCCUGUUUGUGAGCCCCGUCACCCUUUUAAACCGGAUUCUUAGCGUGGCUUCAGACAGAUCUGUCCCUUGCUUCUCUCCCCGCCCAGAUUGAAUCCUUGUUAUUUGGGGGUCUCAGGCCUGAAGAGGGGCCACCAGUCUCUGUAGAUAAAUUGGAUUUUCCUCUUGGUCUUUCUUUCUUUUGGCAAUGGCUUUUAUUUUAUUUUACUUUAUUAUUUUUGGUGUUUCUUUUUAAUAUUUUUUCUUUUGACAUGACAAGCUUUAUUUUAGAGCUGCAUUUGUCUCCUGGGUCUGUCUCCUGAUAUGGACCCACUGCAUUGUGGAUUUACAGGUGGAGAUGUUUAAAUUCCUUCCUGGGAGGACAAGUUUGAGUUUUAGUAAGCUGUAAAGCUAUUUUAUUUGGUUUGCUGUGAUUAAGACAAGCACAAAACAAGUGAAGAAACAGUACAUUUCAACGUAAUCCCCUUUGGAAUUUUUUUCCAAAGUCUUGGUAUGUCUUUGUGACACAAAACAUGGAUGGGCCCUGGCUGCUGUGACUCAGUGGAUUGAGCGCCAGCCUAGGAACCAAAGGGUCGCCAGUUCGAUUCCCAGUCAGGGCACAUGCCUGGGUUGCAGGCCAGGUCCCCAGUAGGGGGCACAUAAGAGGCAACCGCUGAUGUUUCUCCCCUUCUCUUUGUCUCUCCCUUCCCCUCUGUCUAAAAAUUAAUAAAUAAAAUCUUUUUAAAAAACAUGGAUGGGACGGGUGAAUGAAAUGUUCUGAGUUGCACGGCUGUUACUGUGCCCCAGAAAUAAAUCAUUUUUACCC